AUGGCCGACUAUCCUCUGGGUGACCUGUAUUACCAUGUGGAGCUCUUUAGUCUGUGCAGCUGUGCUAUACAGUUCUUCAUCCCAUCAUCAUCAUCUGGAUGGAAAUACUACUGGUACAGAGAUGAGAAAUCCUCUGAAGCCCUGAACACACAAGAUGCAGUUUUCCACUCAAAUGGACAAAUCAGUGUCUCACAGGAAGGACUCUACAGGUGCAGAGGAGGAAGAGGAAACCCAGUUUACUACACAGAGGACAGCCAGUCAGUCAGGAUUGGGAAAACUGAUGAACCCCGUCCUGUCCUCACUGUGUCUCCAUCAUGGCUGAGUCCUGGAGCCUCAGUAACUCUGAACUGUGAGGUUGAACAUCCGUCUGCAGAACGGAGCUUCUACUGGUAUAAAGCUGUUCCUGAUCUAUCAGAGAAAUCCUCCAGUUAUGAGCUGCUACCUGAUGGCAGUGGGACUGCACAGGACUCCUACAUCAUUCAUGGACAGACACACACAGCAGGAUAUGUGUGCAGAGCUGGAAGAGGAGACCCAGAGUAUCACACUGAUCACAGUCAACCAAAGUUUGUCUGGUCUGCAGAUGUUCAUUCAGCAGCGUCUCUCACAGUGAGUCCUGACAGAGUGCAACACUUCACCUCUGACUCUGUCUCACUGACCUGUGAGGGAAACUUCCCUGAGUGGAGAGUGAGGAAGUUCUCUGAGGACGGCCGACUCUCUGACUGUAGGAGAAUGACUGGAUCCACAUGUGACAUCAACACAUCAAAGUCAGAUACUGGAGUGUACUGGUGUGAGUCUGGAUCAGGAGAGUUCAGCAGUGCAGUCAACAUCACUGUACAGAAUGAUGGUAAUGUUUCUAUCCUGGUGAGUCCUGUUCAUCCUGUGACUGAGGGAGCUUCUGUUAGUCUGAGCUGCAGUUUGAGAACACAAAAAAUACUUUCCAAUGUGUUUUUCUAUCACAAUGACAAACUUAUUGAAAAUGAUCCCCGAGGGGAGCUGAAGAUCUCUGCAGUGUCAAAGUCUGAUGAAGGUUUCUACAAGUGUCAGUACUCAGGAAGAGAGUCAGCACAGAGCUGGAUGUCAGUUAAAGUAACCAUGUCAGGAGCUGACAGCUCUUCAUCUCCUGUGUGGUUGACUGUUCGACUGGUGAUCGUUGUGGCUAUGAGAUAA